AUGGGCCCUCUGCCAACAGUACAUAUUGCUUCUUUGGAGUUGUCCCAUGAACUCAUGGUUAAGCAAGGAAACAACUAUGCUGAUAGAUGGUCCCCCUACAUGUUCCAGUACAUUAGAAAUGGGAGAGGCAUAGGAUUUUCCAAUGGCGACUAUUGGCAAGAUCAGAGACGAUUCACCUUACAAACGCUAAGGAACUUUGGAGUUGGACGGAAUCUGAUUGAGGAGAGGAUCAUGUUGGAGUUCGAUUUGAGGUGA